AAAUAAUUACCUUCUCCAACGAACAUCCAGUUGCAGAAAAAUGGUUUCUUUCCCUCACUGGCUUCAAAGACGCCUCUUCUCCACUCAUCUCCCAAAAAACCACCAAACUAACAGCCAAUGGAACGUCAAGCAAGUAACCAAGUCCAAUUUCACUAACUCUCUUGAAGAAGUUAAAUCUCACAUCUCUACCUCUGAUUUCAUAGCCGUCUCCUUGCAGAAGACCGGCUCCUUCUCUUCUCCAUGGCACCGCGUUUCCCCUUUCGACACCGCCGACACUGCUUACUUGAAAGCGAAACACGUCGCCGAACGCUUCCAGGUUCUUCAGUUCGCUGUUUGCCCCUUCACUGUCAGGGCAUCCAAGAUCACUGCUUAUCCGUACAACUUUCACUUGUUCCCUAGAGACGAAUUAAAUAUAGGGAUGCCAUCUUAUAGUUUUUCUUGUCAAACUUCUUAUUUGACUUCCAUGGCUCGAGAAGGUUUUGAUUUUAAUGCUUGUAUAUAUGAUGGCAUAUCAUAUUUGUCUAAAGCACAAGAAUCUGCAGCGGAAGUCCAGAUGGGGAAUCCAAUACUGGCUAAUAGAAUUCUGGAAUCUACUUCUAUCUCUUCUGCGGCUGAUGAAUUUUUCAUUCAAAGAACUAAAUCACGUGUUAAGCACUGGAGAAAUGCAUGUACAGAUUCCGGUACCAAGGCUGAUGAGGGUUUGUUGAAAUCCUUGAGGAAACUCGUACUAGGAACUGAAGAGCAUAAUUCAAGACCAUGCAUGAAUAUUGAUGUUUGCAGUGAACGCCAAGUGCAACUAGUGAUUGAGAUGUUGCAAGAAUUCUCUGAUGAUCUUGUCCCUCUAAUAGUUCCAGCCAAGGGUGGAGGUACCCAAGCAAUCCGUGUUGUCUUAGCACGUUCAAAGGAAGACAGGGAUCUUCUUCAGAAUGAGCUACAAAACCUUAAAGAGGAACAUAACAAGAAAGUUCGUGGCUUUCGUGAGGUGAUCGAUUUGAUUUCUUCUUCACAGAAGCCUGUUGUCUCCCACAAUUCCCUUAAUGAUUUGACAUUCAUCUAUUCUAAAUUCCUUGCUCCCCUACCAGCUAACAUUGAAGAGUUCAUGCAUUCCUUGCACUUAGCUUUCCCUCAGGUAAUUGAUGUCAAUCAUCUGAUGAGGGAAAUUAGCCCUCUGAAAAAAUUGACAAAUAUACCUAUGGCUAUAUCUUACUUGAAGAAUCGGUUCUUUGCACCAGUUGAUGUGGAAGUUCCGUUUGAAGCUUUGGUAAAUGAAGGCAAGACUCAUGGGCGUAAUGUUGUGAGGAUUUGCCAAUUGUUUGCGAAGCUAUGCUAUGUACUCAAACUUGCUCCGAAUUCUAUCCAAUCUGAUGACAAAAAUCUACCUUCAGCCCUUGAAGCUUAUUCAAAUAUAUUCACUCCAUACACCCCUGGCCCCCAAGAACCAACUGAUGAGGACAUCAGAAUUUGGACUAACAGCACAAGAAAAGUAAGCUGUGAGGACUUGGUUUUCUUGUGGGGAUUUAGGGAUGGGAUGUCAGCAGGGCUACUGAAGAGCCUGCUUCAAGAGUCUCAUAAAAUUUUUUCCGAGGAAUUUGAUGUUAAAUUAGUAGACAAGAGCUGUGCCAUUGUGGUUUUCUGGCAACGGGGUAUGUCUAAAACUUUUCUAGAUGUCCUGAAUAAUAGUCCAGAGAUUUUUGGACCUUUAAGGGAGAUGAUCUCAGAAGGUGCAAGAGCUGCAAGUUAUGAUACCUACUACAAAGGUUGCAGAUUGGCUUUAUGGGAUGCUAAUUUAGCAGAUUCAUUAGACAAAGCCUUGGCAGAUCGUGACUCUUCUUCAGAAGCUGAUUCUAAAACGAAGUCUUUAGACACUUAUUGGUGCAGUGAAUGGAUGAUUAACCUGGAUGAUCUUUAAGGUCUCAUGUUGUAAUUCUUGGAUGAGAAACUUGCAUUGCUUUAAGUGGUAAAUUGUACAUCAUUAGAUAAUAUUAAUUGACAUGACAGGAAUUCAUUUAUGAAUUUAUAUAUUUUGUUCCAAAUGAAAUUUAAUUCCACAGAUA